GCAGAGAUGGGGUCCUUUGCUCGCGCCGAAAUUCAAAGGCUUAAAUAGUUCCGGCGCGGGUGCUGUAAAAGGCUUUGGGAUAGUACCUGCUAUGGUAGAGUUUGCCUCAUAGCAUCCAAAGCCUGGUGCGGUUAUCCCCUUUCUCCGUCUUCGUGACCCGAGGGAGUUUUGGUGGCGCCCCAAGCACAGGCGGCCUGAGGCAGUGCCGAGGUAGACCUGGUUUUGUGGUUUGUUUGAUGCAUCACAGAGGUUUACUGGCGCAAGACGGUAUUGAAAAUGCAUAUUAAAUCAAUCAUUCUCGAGGGAUUUAAAUCCUAUGCUCAGAGGACUGAAGUUAAUGGUUUUGACCCCCUCUUCAAUGCUAUCACUGGUUUAAAUGGUAGUGGUAAGUCCAACAUAUUGGACUCCAUCUGCUUUUUGCUGGGAAUCUCCAACCUGUCUCAGGUUCGGGCUUCUAAUUUACAAGAUUUAGUUUACAAAAAUGGGCAGGCUGGAAUUACCAAAGCCUCAGUGUCGAUCACCUUUGAUAAUUCUGACAAAAAACAAAGUCCUUUAGGAUUUGAAGUUCAUGAUGAAAUCACAGUAACAAGGCAGGUGGUUAUUGGUGGCAGAAAUAAAUAUUUAAUCAAUGGAGUAAAUGCAAACAACACCAGAGUACAGGAUCUCUUCUGUUCUGUUGGUUUGAAUGUUAAUAACCCUCACUUUCUCAUCAUGCAGGGUCGAAUUACAAAAGUAUUGAAUAUGAAGCCUCCUGAGAUUUUAUCUAUGAUUGAAGAAGCAGCUGGAACCAGAAUGUAUGAAUACAAAAAAAUAGCUGCCCAGAAAACUAUAGAAAAAAAGGAGGCUAAGCUGAAAGAAAUUAAGACGAUACUCGAAGAAGAGAUUACUCCAACCAUUCAAAAAUUAAAAGAGGAAAGAUCUUCCUAUUUGGAAUAUCAAAAAGUAAUAAGAGAAAUAGAACAUUUGAGUCGUUUAUACAUUGCUUAUCAGUUUUUACUGGCUGAAGAUACUAAAGAGCGCUCAGCUGAGGAGUUAAAAGAAAUGCAGGAUAAAGUUGUAAAACUUCAAGAAGCAUUGUCUGAAAAUGAUAAAAAAAUAAAUGCACUUAAUCAUGAAAUAGAAGAAUUGGAGAAAAGAAAAGAUAAGGAAGUUGGAGGUGUACUCCGAUCUUUAGAAGAUGCUCUUGCAGAGGCUCAGCGGGUUAAUACUAAAUCUCAAAGUGCAUUUGACCUCAAGAAGAAAAAUCUGGCAAGUGAAGAAAACAAACACAAGGAGCUAGAAAAAAAUAUGAUUGAGGACUCUAAAACUUUAGCAGCAAAGGAAAAAGAAGUUAAAAAGAUAACAGAUGGGCUGCAUGACCUUCAAGAAGCAAGUAAAAAAGAUGCUGAAGCUUUGGCUGCUGCACAGCAACACUUCAAUGCUGUGUCUGCUGGCUUGUCCAGUAAUGAAGAUGGAGCAGAAGCAACUCUUGCUGGUCAAAUGAUGGCCUGUAAAAAUGAUAUAAGUAAAGCUCAGACAGAGGCCAAACAGGCCCAAAUGAAGUUGAAACAUGCCCAACAAGAAUUAAAGAAUAAACAAGCAGAAGUUAAGAAGAUGGAUAAUGGCUACAGGAAAGACCAAGAAGCUUUAGAAGCUGUAAAAAGACUUAAAGAAAAACUUGAAACUGAAAUGAAGAAGCUAAAUUAUGAAGAAAAUAAGGAGGAAAGGCUUUUGGAAAAGCGCAGGCAACUGUCUCGUGAUAUCAGUAGAUUGAAAGAAACAUAUGACGCUCUCUUGGCCAGAUUUCCCAAUCUUCGAUUUGCAUACAAGGAUCCAGAGAAGAACUGGAACAGAAAUUGUGUGAAAGGACUUGUAGCUUCUCUGAUUAGUGUUAAAGAUAGUUCUGCAACCACAGCUUUAGAACUGGUAGCUGGAGAACGACUCUACAAUGUUGUAGUGGAUACAGAGGUUACUGGUAAAAAGCUACUAGAAAAGGGAGAAUUGAAGCGAUGUUACACUAUAAUUCCACUCAAUAAAAUUACUGCCAGAUGUAUUGCUCCAGAAACUCUGAGGGUUGCUCAGAAUCUUGUUGGUCCUGAUAAUGUUCAUGUGGCUCUUUCCCUGGUUGACUACAAACCAGAACUUCAGAAAGCAAUGGAAUUUGUCUUUGGAACAACAUUAGUUUGUGACAGUAUGGAUAACGCCAAAAAAGUGGCCUUUGAUAAAAGGAUAAUGACUAGAACUGUAACUCUAGGUGGUGAUGUAUUUGAUCCUCAUGGAACAUUGAGUGGAGGUGCUCGAUCCCAGGCAGCUUCUAUUUUAACCAAGUUUCAAGAACUCAAAGAUGUUCAAGAUGAGCUGAGAAUUAAGGAGAGCGAGCUACAGGCUCUAGAGGAAGAAUUGGCGGGUCUUAAAAACACUGCUGAAAAGUAUCGCCAACUAAAACAACAGUGGGAGAUGAAAACAGAAGAGGCAGAUUUGUUACAAACCAAGCUUCAGCAAAGCUCAUAUCACAAACAACAAGAAGAAUUAGAUGCCCUUAAAAGAACAAUUGAGGAAAGUGAGGAGACCUUAAAAAACACCAAAGAAAUUCAAAAAAAAGCAGAAGAAAAAUAUGAAGUGUUGGAGAAUAAAAUGAAAAAUGCAGAAGCUGAAAGAGAGAGAGAACUAAAAGAUGCUCAGAAAAAACUGAAUUGUGCCAAAACAAAGGCAGAUGCAUCUAGUAAGAAAAUGAAAGAAAAACAACAGGAAGUUGAAGCUAUCACUUUGGAGCUGGAAGAGCUCAAGAGAGAGCAUGCAUCCUAUAAACAACAGCUUGAAGCUGUAAAUGAAGCUAUCAAAUCCUAUGAAGGUCAAAUUGAAUUAAUGGCAGCUGAGGUAGCUAAAAAUAAGGAGUCAGUAAAUAAAGCUCAAGAAGAGUUGACCAAGCAAAAAGAGGUGAUAACAGCUCAAGACCAUGUAAUUAAAGCUAAAUAUGCAGAGGUGGCAAAACAUAAGGAGCAAAACAAUGAUUCUCACCUUAAAAUUAAGGAAUUAGACCAUAAUAUCAGCAAACAUAAAAGGGAAGCAGAAGAUGCUGCGGCAAAGGUAUCCAAAAUGUUGAAAGAUUAUGACUGGAUUAAUGCAGAGAAACACCUCUUUGGCCAACCUAAUAGUGCCUAUGAUUUCAAAACUAAUAACCCCAAAGAAGCUGGUCAGAGACUUCAGAAGUUGCAAGAAAUGAAGGAGAAACUAGGAAGAAAUGUCAAUAUGAGAGCUAUGAAUGUACUGACAGAAGCUGAAGAGCGAUAUAAUGACUUGAUGAAGAAGAAGAGAAUUGUAGAAAAUGACAAAUCCAAAAUCCUUGCAACUAUAGAAGACCUUGACCAAAAGAAAAACCAAGCUCUAAAUAUUGCUUGGCAAAAGGUAAACAAAGACUUUGGGUCUAUUUUUUCUACUCUUUUGCCUGGUGCAAAUGCUAUGCUUGCACCACCAGAGGGACAAACUGUUUUGGAUGGUCUCGAGUUCAAGGUUGCUUUAGGAAAUACUUGGAAAGAAAACCUAACUGAGCUUAGUGGUGGUCAGAGGUCUUUAGUGGCUUUAUCAUUAAUAUUGUCUAUGCUCCUCUUCAAACCCGCUCCAAUUUAUAUCUUGGAUGAGGUAGAUGCAGCCUUGGACCUUUCUCAUACCCAGAAUAUUGGACAGAUGCUCCGUACUCAUUUCACGCAUUCUCAGUUCAUUGUAGUGUCCCUAAAAGAAGGUAUGUUCAACAAUGCAAAUGUUCUUUUCAAAACCAAGUUUGUGGAUGGUGUUUCUACAGUAGCCAGAUUUACUCAAAGUCAAAAUGGAAGGAUUCCCAAGGAAACAAAAUCCAAAGCAAAAGGACCCAAAUGAGCAUAUGAUGGAAGUUUAAAAUGCAAACCUGCACCUUGACCUGUUUUUCAAACAUAAUCUUUUAAGAACUUGGGAUAUAAUUUGUUUAUAUAAUGUUAUUUUGUUACUUAACUCAUAUUUUUUCUUCCUUUUUAUUAUCACUUAUAAAUGAGCAGAUUUCUCUUUUUCACAAUUAACAUAACUCUGGUCCAAUUAGUGUGGUUGUGAUUUUAUAUCUAUCAACAAAUGCUUGUUCUUAGUGCAAGUUUUUUUAAUAUGUUUGUAUUAGGGAGCCUGAGAAUACCUAGUUGGUAGUAAAUUCUAUAUGUAAAAGCAAAAAUAUAAAGAAAAAGAUGAAGUUAAAUUACAGGAUAAAUAUAGCUGACAGUCAGCUUUUAAUUAGUUUAAUUACUAAAGCAGUAUUAGUGUAUUUUCUAUUGCUGAUAAAAAUCAUUUAGGUAAGGAAAAAUUGUAAAGCAAGUAGCUGAACAACAAAAGGAACACAAAGCUAUUAUGCAUGCACCAAGCUAUUUGAGGAUAGUCUCUUAUGGACACAAGGCCAGAUCCGGGGAUAGGAGACAGAUCUUGAAAGAUUUCCCAUUUUAAUGAUGUUGAAAUAUCAUGUUUUUGUAUGUACAAUAAUUGGUUUCUGCAAUCAUAAGUAGGUUUUUUAUUUUUUUUUUUAAGCUUUAUGAGUAUUUAAAUGGAGUUUGGAAAGAGGUGUGUUGUAUGGUGCUUUCUGUGGGUUUAUGUGCAGUCUCCCAAUGUAUUUUCAAAGAUUAUUGGCACUCUUUAAUAUUCUAAUCAAGGACCUGUUGGUGAAUGAGAGUUUAAGAUCCAGUGGACUAAAUCAAAUUGAUCUUUCUCUUGAGUCUGAUAACUAUGAAUAAAUAGAUCUAUCUCUCCUACUCUCUCUCAAGUGCUUGAUGAUUAUCAUAAUUCUUGGUGCCUUUUGCUUUCCAUUUCAAAGAGGUGAGGGUAAAUUCCUUUAGAAUUGGAAAAAGAAAGUUAUUACACACUAUAAGACUACUAUCUAUAUUUUUUUAUUAUGUCUUUGUACAAUGCCAAAACAGUGUCUCUACUAUGAAUCCUAAUGUUUUGAUGUGAUCUAAUUUUAUUGUGGAUGAAUUAUUUGGGGCCAUAUCCUUUCCUGAUACUUGAGCCUUAAUUCUUUAGUUAUUAUCAUCCUUUCCCUGAUAAUAGGCUCAUAUUUCCUGACCCCGGAUUUAACAUUGCUCAUUCUUCAUUCUCUAUACAUAUCUCAGAUGUUUUAAUAAUAUCCAAAUAAUUGAUAUUUGGGGACAGAUUGGAAAGGAUUUGAUCUGGAGAGAGUUCUGUCUACUGUGGAAGGGAAAGGAGAUGAAGCUAUAAAUACUGAGUUACAGAAGGUCCAGUAUCACAGGUAACAGACCUAGAGUUUGUUUCCUUUCACAAAAGUAUUCUAAUCUGUUGACCAAAAUAGCAGUAUCCAUUCUCACUAUCACCAAAAAGUAUACCAGCAAAAUUAGUCAGUAUUAUUUAUUUUAAUAUUUCUGAUUAAACAAUUAUAAAAUGGUACCUGAUUGCUAUUUUAGCUAGCAUUUUAACAAUAACAUGGGGUUGAAUAUUUUGCCAUUAUGUACUGAUUUUCCUUUCCUGUGGUACAAUUUUCUGCUUGUGUACUUUUCCUGGUUUUUGUCUUGUAUAUAUUCUCACUAUGAAGAUUCUCAAAUAUAUUAAAUUUUUGUGAGUAA